AUGCUGUCCCGAAUCCGUGCAGAGCCAAGGCAAAAGAAAACCAAAGUCUUCAAGAAAUGGUUUAAAAAGGACGAAUCGAGCGGUCACGCGCCAGAGAUACUUGCCGGGAGGCCAAAGUCCAGACAAAAGGAGCGAGACAAGGCAGAACGUGUGCAUCGAACGCCAGAAGAAGUACGGGAACUCUUGGACUCCUGCAAGCUGAACAUCCUGACCGAAACCGACGAUGAUAUACACUCUGCGGUUGUGCGCCUCGAAGAAGAAGAAAAAGACGAAGUUGAUGCGAGCGCAAAUCCGUCACCAAUUCAAGAAUCGGAACCUGAAAAAGUCCUGCCCAAGACAGAGGCCAAGACAGAGGUCAAGAGAGAGGUCAAGACAGUGGUCAAGACAGAGGUCAAGACAGAGGUCAAAACGGAGGCACAAUCGAAACCCGACGUCACAGUCAGUGCCACUCCGGCUCGCAAAUCACAGGAGCUGUGGGAUGCAGCCUUUGUCAGCAUCGAAAAGACCCCAGGGGGCAAAGAACUGGCACAGAAAUAUUUCAAAAUUUUGCACAAAACUCUCGGAGAUGAAGACGGCAUCAACGACAUUGACCGUCCUGUGGACGACAGUAUCGAGGCCGGGCCUAGUAUGGCCACCUUGCGCCAACGGAACAUGGUCCGUCUCGUGCAGACCGGCUUGAAAAAGGUGGAAAAGUCUGCCAAGAUCACCAACACAAUGGGCGCCUUUGCCGACGCCGUUUUGGCGGCCAGGCCUCUGGCCGAGUUUAUCAUCCAGACCGUUCCGCAGGCGGCACCAGCUGCCUUGCCCUGGGUCGGUUUGCUCUCCAAACCUGCCAAAGCAAACAAGGUGAACCUUGAGGGCGUGAAAUACGUCAUUUCGCGGAUGGAAUGGUAUUGCGCACUCACCGACCAGCUGCUCGACCCAUAUAGCAUCGAGGCCAACGGCCGGCCCAUUGAGGUGAUUCUGAGCACCCUGCGAGAGCGAGUGGUCGGCCUGUAUCGGAAGCUGCUUCUCUUUCUUAUGGAGAGCGUAUGCACCUACUACCGUCACCAGGGACUUGUUUUUGUCAAGAACGCAAUGGAACUCAGCAGCAAAUGGAGUUUGAGCUUGACGCAGAUCAAGGAAGACGAGGCCAAUCUGCGCAUCGAAUCGGAGCAGUUCAACAACGUGGAGGGCCGACGAGUUCUGCAAGAGACCAGCGACCGCGCAACCGCGACAAUGGAGCUCGUGGGCAACCUCGACAAGACCAUCCGGGACUUUCUGGACGAACAGAGGCAGAUGCAGACGAGCGAGAACGACCGGUUUCUGCUCCGGCAACUGUUUGUGGUCAAUCCCAAAGACGACAUGGAUGCCAUUGAGAGGAGAAAGGACGCCUUGCUCGACGACGCCUUCAAAUGGAUCCUCGACGUGCCCGAGUUCAGGGUCUUUACCAACGACAUCGAUGCCCACGACGACCAGUCGUUACCAAUGUCGCAGCACAGUCGUCUUCUCUGGAUCAAAGGCCCGGCUGGCACGGGAAAGACGAUGCUUCUGCUCGGCAUCGUCCGUGAGCUGUCGGAGCGGCCGGCGGCUCUGAGCCCAGGCAUCGCGCACUUCUUUUUCCAGAACGCCGACAACACGCUCAACAGUAGCAUGGCGGCCGUGCGCACGUUGGUCUGGAUGCUGCUCCAACAGCAGCCACAUUUGCUCCGUCAUCUUCGGGACAAGUACGAAAACGCCCAGCCGUCCUUUGUUGGUCGUCACGCAUUCGUUGGCCUCUGCAACAUGCUGGAGACCAUGCUGCGGGACCCCGAAUUGGAGCCCGUCUACUUCAUUGUCGACGCCCUCGACGAGUGCGACGACGGCCUGCCGGAGCUCAUUGACCUCAUUGCCCACUCGCUCGCCAUCACCGACAAGGUGAACUGGCUCGUGUCCAGCCGCCCGAGCGUGUCUCUCGGCACGCGCGUCGAGGCCAGCGCGCUCGUCGAGCUGGACUCGCAGCGGCUCGAGGCGCCGGUCCAUGCCUACAUCAACCACCAGCUCGCGCGCCUCACGAAUGCGCACGGGUAUACAGACGCCAUCCUCAGCGACAUGGCCCGCGAGAUCACCAGCCGCGCCAACAACACGUAUCUCUGGGUCUGGUUCGUCUUUCAGCGGCUCACCAAGCCAAACAAGAACGGCAAGACGCUCAACGGCAUGUACGCGCUGCGGGCCAUCCAGCAGUUCCCGCCCGGUCUCUCGGCGCUGUACGACCACAUCAUGGUCGCCAUCGAGCGAGGCGACGAGGACGACCCGGUGUACUGCAGAGCCGCACUGCGGGCCGUCUACCACGCCUACCGCCCCUUGUCUCUGGCGGAGCUGGCCACGUUCGUCGACCUGCCCGAAGACCAGACGGCCCGCAUCGUCGAAGAGUGCGGCUCCUUCCUCACGCUCACGAGCACGACGGUCGGACUAAUCCACCAGUCCGCCAAUGACUACCUCACGGAGAACUACACUGCGCGGCUGGGGACCACUAGUAUUGCCCAAGGCCAUGCAGACAUGGGACGGCUGUGUUUGGGGGCCAUGUCGGCUCGACUGCACAAAAACAUGUACGACCUUCCAAACAUCGGCCCCUACGACCGAGAGACACCUCCACCCGAUCCGGAUCCGCUUGCCUCCCUGCCGGGCUUGUAUCCAUGCGCGCGCUCCAAGAUCUUGUUCCGGUGA